AUGAAGUCAGCAGAUACAUUUAUUCUGGUUAUAUACUCAUAUUUAGUAUUUGAAACAGUCAUUUUGUGUGAUAGAGACAUCAGAAAACGACAAACUGAACCAUCUUGCCCAGAAGAGUCGGAGUACGCUUGUCAAUCCGGCCAAUGCAUUGAUGCUGCAACUACUUGCGAUGGAAUUCAAGAUUGCAGUGAUGGAUCUGAUGAAACACAAGUUUUAUGUGAACCGACCCCGUGUCCAAUAUACGGAUUCAAAUGCACAUAUGGUGCUUGUAUAAAUAUAGAGGGUAGAUGUGAUGGAGUGACCCAAUGUUUAGAUGGUUCUGAUGAGGAACUAUGUUCAUCCUCGAUAACUUCAGAAUCUGAAGUAAAUCCUGAAAAUAUCUCCACAGAAUCAACUACUGCAGAACCGACAACCACAGAAUCGACAACUACAGAAUCAACUACCACAGUAUCGACAACUACACCAUGGAAAACUACACCGUGGAAGACUACAGCAUCGCCAACUACACCAUGGAAAACUACAGCAUCAACAACUACACCAUGGAAAACUACAGCAUGGAAAACUACAUCAUCGCCAACUACACCAUGGAAAACUACAGCAUGGAAAACUACAGCACCUACAACUACUUCGUCGCCAGAUACAAAAAUCAAACCAACUGAGUCUAUAAACCAAUCUUCUAUUCAAAAAAAAACUUGCGUGAUACCGAACAUUGAGGGUACUAAGUAUUUUUAUAAAGAUACGAUUCAAAACGUUCCUCUAUCAAGUGGGUCUAUAGUGAAUAAUUAUCGCAUUGUUGAAGAGGACUGUGAAGAAGGAUAUUAUAAAACUGUUCCGUAUAAAUUGAUGGUAUGUUCGGAGUCUGGACAAUGGAAAUCAGUUGAUUCCGAUACAUUGUGCUUGAAAAAGUGUACUCCUAUGGUAUCAGAUGUAUUAGAUAUUAAAUGUUCACUGAAUGGAGUUAAUGUAAAUUGUUCAAAGCCAUCAGAACCUGGUACAAUAUUAACACAAUCAUGUAAAGUUGAAAAUGCACAUAAUUCACCAAGAGAAAAAGGAUUAAUAAAAGCUGAUAAUGAGUUGCAUUGUCUUAAAAAUGCAAAAUGGAGUGGUCAACUACUUACCACUUGUACUUCACGUACAGAAUCAACCUCGAAUAGAUUAAAAGAACCAUCUGUAAUAGCACCUUGGAAUGUGGAAAUAUAUAAAAUUAAUAACUAUGGUCGUUAUUUCCGAGUAUGUGGAGGAACAUUGAUUGCUCCAAAUUUAGUUGUCUCCGCUGCCCAUUGUUUUUGGAAAAAGGGGUUACGAAGGAAGAUCUUACAGAAUGAAAAUAAUGUUUUUAAAACUGCCGUUGGAAAAGAAAAUAGCAAUAUUUCUUCAAUAGACAAUACAUAUACACAGAUUAUUUAUAUCGGUUUAAUUUAUCUGGAGGAUAGUUAUGAUGGUCCAUCUGGACAUUAUGCUGAUGACAUUUCUGUCAUCGUGUUAGCAUCCAAUGUCGUAGUUAGUAAUGGUGUUCGUCCGGUUUCCAUUGAUUGGUCUGCGACACAUUUCCUUUCUAAUGGAGAUCUAGGAAAGAUGUUUGGCCUAGGAAUGAACGAAAUGAUUGGCAAUGGACAACAUAAAUCAAUAUUAAAAUUAUAUACUUUACCAUAUAUUGACAGGGAAACGUGUCAGGAAAUGUACACUGAUGGAUUUGAAAAUUACGUGACUAAAGAUAAAUUUUGCACAGGUUAUAAAUUGGUUACAGGAGAAAGAAAUCUUAUAGGAUUUGGAGGUUCGGGCCUAAUAUACGAAUAUAGCACAGGACCAUUUUUAACUGGAAUAUUUAGUGUCAAGGAUCUACACUCAAGAAACUCAAUAGCUGUCUUCACGAGCAUAAAAUGUCACGUUGAAUGGAUUCGUAAUAUUUAUGAAAAAUAUGUAUACUAA